ACCUACAAGUGUGACCAGUGCGAUUAUUCUGCAGCACGAAAAGGUACCUUGGACAAUCAUCUCACAAAACACACCGGUGAGAAACCCUACAUGUGUGAAAAGUGUGGGUACAGGGCAGCUAGAAAGGACUAUUUGUCCCAACAUAUGAGAACCCAUACUGGAGAAAAACCCUACAGGUGUGAUCAGUGUGACUAUUCUACAGCACGGAAACACAGUUUGGACGUUCAUCUAGCAAAACACACUGGAGAGAAACCCUACAUGUGUGAGGAGUGUGGGCACAGGACAGCUAGAAAGGACUAUCUAUCCCAACAUAUGAGAACCCAUACCGGAGAAAAACCCUACAAAUGUGACCAGUGUGAUUUUUCUACUGCACAGAAAUUUAACUUGGACAAACAUUUAGCAACACACAUCGGUGAAAAAGCCUACAAGUGUGAGCAGUGUGACUAUUCUACAGCACACAAAUCUUCUUUGGACAAACAUCUAGCAAAACACACUGGUAAGAAACCCUACAUUUGUGGGGAGUGUGGCUUCAGGACAGCUUUCAAGUCUGACCUAUACCGACAUAUGAGAAACCAUACAGGAGAAAAACCCUACAAGUGUGAGCAGUGUGACUAUUCUACAGCACACAAAUCUUCUUUGGACAAACAUCUAGCAAAACACACCGGUGAGAAACCCUACAUGUGUGGGAAGUGUGGAUACAGGACAGCUCACAAGUCUACUUUAUUCCGACAUAUGAGGACCCAUACAGGAGAAAAACCCUACAAGUGUGACCAGUGCGACUAUUCUGCAGCAUGGAAAUCUGCUUUGGACCAACAUGUAGCAAAACACACUGGAGAAAAACCUUACAGAUGUGACCAGUGUGACUAUUCUGCGACACAGAAAUCUCAUUUAGACGAGCAUCUCACAAAACACACUGGUGAGAAACCCUACAUAUGUUUGGAGUGCGGGUACAGGACAGCCCUAAGGUCCAGCUUAUCCGUGCAUAUGAGGACCCAUACAGGAGAAAAACCCUACAAAUGUGAC